AUGAGCUUCUCCCCCCUCCUCUGCCUCCUCUGCCUCCUCUUCCUCGGCCACCUGAUCCUCUCCGCCCGGGCGCGCCCGGCGACGCGGCCCCCCGGCGCGCAGUUUGGAGCUGCCAAAAACGGCAGCAGAGGCGGCGGCUUGGGCAAGCGGAGCGGCGCUCCUUCUUCUUCCUCCUCCUCCUCCUCCUCCUCGGCUCCUGCCUCUCCUCUUCCCCCCCCUCGGGGCGUCCAAGGCGGCGGCUCGGAAAGGGGCAGCUUCCAGUGGAGCCCCUCCGGGCGCAGGACAGGCAGCCUCUACUGCCGGGUGGGCAUCGGCUUCCAUCUCCAAAUCCACCCCGAUGGGAAAGUCAACGGCUCCCACCAAGCCAGCCUCUUGAGUAUUUUGGAAAUAUUUGCUGUGUCUCAGGGGAUUGUAGGAAUUCGAGGAGUUUUCAGCAACAAAUUUUUAGCGAUGUCAAAAAAAGGAAAACUCCACGCAAGUGCCAAAUUUACCGAUGACUGCAAGUUCAGGGAGAGGUUUCAAGAAAACAGCUAUAACACCUACGCCUCGGCGGUUUACCGGACUGAAAAAACGGGAAGGGAAUGGUACGUGGCUUUGAACAAAAGAGGAAAAGCGAAACGGGGCUGUAGCCCCCGAGUAAAACCCCAGCACCUUUCUACUCAUUUCCUCCCGAGGUUCAGACAAGUGGAACCGCCGGAACUUUCUUUUACCGUCACCGUCCCUGAAAAGAAAAAGCCACCUGUUAUCCCGGCAAAGCCAAAGGUCCCAAUGCCGGUGCCUCGGAAGAACUCCCCUCCGGUCAAAUACAGACUCAAGUUUCGCUUUGGAUAGUAAUGGCUUGAACUCUUCAGCGAAGGAAUGUCCUUUUUCUCAGGAGCCGAUGCUUGUC